AUGGUGGAUCAUUUGAGUAAGUUGCUUCUUUUUAUUUAUUUUCCAUCUUUUAGAGCAAACUGAUAUCAAUGCCAGACGAAUCCAAAAUGUGGAGGUGGCGUUUGGAUCAUCAGGCAUCCCUUUACAACACUUUAAUCGGGUCCUGAUUGGGGAGGGAGUUUUGAUGAAGAUGUGUCGAAAAAAAGCAAAGCCGAGGCAAUUCUUCUUAUUCAACGACAUCUUGGUCUACGGUACCAUAUUGAUGUCGAAACGAAAGUUCACUAAACAACGAAUUAUUCCACUGGAAGAAGUACAGAUUGAGAACGUGGAAGAUGAAGGAGAGAGCAAAUACGGGUUUCUGGUAAAAACAAGAACAAAGAGUUUUGUGUUGUAUGCGAUAUCAGAAAGCGAGAAAGAACAGUGGAUGUCUCAUAUUGUGAAAUGUGUUUCCACCGUUUUGAAAGGUAAGUAUGAAAUUUCCGUAAUGUGCAGGUUUGAAAGGGUCUAUGUUUUGCGGCUGCAUGUAAAUGAGAUGUUAGGGAUUUUGCAAAUCAUUUCAAGAUUAACCAGCCGGCGGAUUUUAGCGGCUUGUCAAUUUUUCAGAAAAAGUCCAGACUGGAAAUUAAACAUGGCCCUACUCAAUGUAGACUAAAGUAAGAUUAGCUUUGGCCCCGGCUCUUGCAAAUGUGAAACUACAGGAAAACCAAAACUUGAGGGUUUUUUUGGUAGAAAUUUCUCGCAAUUUCGUAAUUAGGAGAUCGGAACAGUUGCGCUUUUUGGAUUUUUGCGUUAGUGACAUAAAGAAAAAAAUGCGGGAGCCUAUUAUCCUAUGUUCUUCAGUAUGCAACAAAGAAUGCUGUAUGGAAUUUUACCCUGAUUUAAUAAAAACGCCUGCGGUUAUUAUCAUUUAUUUGGAGACCGGCUGGCUUUUCCCAAGUUAUUUGGCGGCAUUAAUGUGGUAUAAUAUACCCGGGUAUAUUCCCGAAAUUUAGGGUAUAUUGGGGUAUUUAUAAAAUUAGCCCCACGUCGCAGGAAUUUGUAGGUUUUUACUCUCUUUUUCAAAAAAAAAAAUGAAUUUGGAAAAAUUUUCAACUUUUUGAGCGAAAACUUAAAUUUUGCGAAUUUUUCGUAUAUUCAAAGGUGAAUAUACGAAAGAUUUUAAAAAUUUCGGGUACGCACGCGUUUCGAACAAUUUUUCCCGAUCGGUGCCGAGAAAACGAAAAAUUAAAAAGUAGUGCUUACAAUUCGGUGCGUAUUUCGCUAGCAACAGCAGAUAUUACCAAACUAAAAGGUGGAUGUUAGACUGUAAUGUCGUGCAUUCCAAGGGCUUUAUUUAUUUUUUUAUCUUUUUCCAGAGGGAAAGGAACCUGCUCAAGAUCAUGCCGCCGUGUGGGUGCCGGAUUCAGAAGCCGAGUUUUGCAUGGUUUGCCAUAACACUCAUUUUACAGUAAUUCAGAGAAGAGUAGGUUAUUCACCAUGGGCGUGAGAGGGUCUGGUAAAAAAAGUGAAAUGAUGGGUUUAAAUUACCGUAUUUUUCUUCUAGCAUCAUUGCCGAUCCUGUGGAAAGGUUGUUUGUGGGUCAUGCUCAACAAGGACGUUCACGUUAGAAGGGAUCAGCAAGAAGCCCGUCCGAGUUUGUGAUAUUGCAAGUUAAUUGCAGUUCUUUUUCUAUUCAUGGCGGCUACUUAUUUCUUAAAUUUAGUGCUAUAACAAGUUAUGCCAACGAUUCAAGGCGGCUCCGCAGGCUCUGAACGAUUCGUCGGAUUCAGACGACGACACAGGGCACCAGGACCACGAAUUUGUAAGUGAAAUUGAUUUUCUAUAGUUUUGUGGCCAAAAAGAUAUAAUGUUUAAGUAUACUUUACAGGCAACCUUUUAUCACGAAAAGGAAGAAGGCCCCGAAAAGUUGGUCUGA